AUGCGUUUCUCCGCUGUCAUCGCACUCCUCCCCCUGGCCCUCGCCUCCCCCAUUCCGGACAACAAGUCAAGUCAAGCAUCCAACCACAUCAAGGACAAUGGCAACAAGGGGGCCGACAUAGCCAACUCCGAGGUCGCCGACAUCCAGCGCGCCCAGAGUGCCAUCAAAAACAAGCAGUCACCCAAGGCCGCCGAGAACCAGCUGUCAAAGGACCUCAGCAAGGGAGUCGCCCUUCGUAAGACGAACCAGGCCCUCCUCAAGAAGCUGCCGGCCAAUUCAAAGCGCGAAAAUCGGAAGGAAGGGGAGGAAGGAGCGCCAGACAACGAGGGUCAGGUCGUCGACAUCCGCCCCACUCUGCCCGACGCCCAGCAGGAUGAUGAGCAGCCUCCGCACUCCAAUGAGCGCACCACCGUCAUCGAGACGCGUGGGAGCAAGAAGCAAGCCACAGCUACCCUCGAUGCCAUCGAGAAGAAGCAGAACGGCGCGACGAAAACCGUCAAGGGCCUCAAGGGCACCGGGGCUGACUCGGCUACGCUCGAAGAUCUCAAGAAGAGCUUCCAGAACGGCAAUGCUAAGCUCUCUGCCUUCACUGGUCAGGUUCCUGGUCGCAAAUAG